CGAUGUGCCCCCACCUCUACAAGAGUCGACGAUGGGUAAAAACAAAAAAACAAAGCCCGUGUAAAAGUGUCCGAAAACCGUGCGUAGCGUCAAACAAAUCGUAACUCGGGCAGCAAACUCAAGCGCCGCACUUUUAGGGGCCGCGUGUGCAGUGGCGAUUCAAAUGUCGGUAAUCGCGAAAUCCGCAAAAAAAGGAUUUUUUGAAAAACGUUCGCAUUAAACGCAUUUCGUUUCGUUCACACACACCAACAAACACACACUCGGUCGCAGCAGACAAACACAACGCGCAGCGCAUAUACACACAAAGAAAAGAAGGCAGUGAAAAUCGACAAGCGCACGCAUGCACACACACAGACACACACGCAGGCGAAAAAGUGUUGAUAUAUAUCCAAUAUAUUGAUGUUGUGUGCACCGUUGUUGUUGCUGCUACGGUUGUGUGAGUGAGAGAGGGGUAGAGCAAGUGAGAGAGCGCGCAGGAUAAAGCGAAGAUGAGCCACAAAGCAAAGGAGUGAAAAAAUAAUUAACGGCGAAGAGAGUGGAAAGAGGAGAGUUGUGAGUGGAGGAGGAGAGGAAGAGGAGCAGCAGCAACAACAACAACUAACAUCUACAACUACAAAAUUGGCCCUCUCAUUUUGGCAGUCGCAUUGCCCCAUCUCGCUCCCUCUUUCGGUGGGGGAUACGGAAAAGUUCACAUGCAACAACAACGACAACAAACAAUAGUCGCAGUCGGCGCGGGCAGAGGCAGCGACAGAGGCAGAGGCAGCGACGCACUGAACGUAUUUUGUACAUAUAAACAAAAAUAGUUUUUAAACUCCAACAAAAAAAAAAAGUUAAAACUAAAGCCCUUAAGCAUAAAAAAAUCUACAGUAAAUAAGUAAUUAAAAAAAGCAAGCGAAUCAAGCAGAGAAAUAGAGGAAGAUAGAGAGGAGAACGCUCAAAAGAAAUUCGCCUUUUACACGAUUUUAAAUUGAGCGUUUUGGCAGAGAUCCAUUAUUAUACAUCCAUCCAAAAAGAGGGAAGAGAAAGGAGAGAGCGAAGUGAGAGAGAGAGCGUAGCGGAGCAAAAACAAACAAACGGAGGAGCAGCUGAACUCCAGAGCAACUGUAAAAACACACAAUCUCAGCCUCACGCUGGCGAAUCGCAACGGCAGCAACAACAACAGAGGAGGAGGAGGAGGAGGUGGCGACGCUGGGGGCGGGGCAGCUGUAGCCGCCGCUGCCCGCAACAACAACAACGCUAACAACAACAACAACAAUGGUGGAGCAGGCGGAGGAGCGGCUGCAGUCGGCGCUGGCGCCGAAGGAGCAGCUGGAGGUGGUGGUGGAGGAGCUGGCGCCGGUGGAGCCGCAGCCAACGAAUGGAACCCCGAGGAAAUGGACCGCUUCAGCUUCGACGACUCGAUCCGCUUCGAGGAAGACUCACUGUGCAGCUGGAGCUCGGAGCCCGAAUCGCUGUGCAACAACUGGCGCGGCUGGAAGAAGCCCGCUGCGGGCAGCGGUGCAGGCAGCGGCGGUCUGAGCGGUAUGGGAAUGGGAGGAGCGGUCGCCGGCGGCGGCGCAGGAGCCCCUCCGUUCGGAGCAGGUGCCUCCUCCGGUUCGUGUACACCGGGCGGCAGUGCAACGGCCAUGGCCAACACAUCCACCUGCGGCAGAUAUUAUGAAGUUUCCACAUUGGCCGAACUGGCAGCCCGCUGUGUGGCCUCCUACAUACCGUUCGAACUGGUGGAGCAUGUGUAUCCGCCGGUGCCGGAGCAGUUGCAGCUGCGCAUUGCGUUCUGGAGCUUUCCGGACAACGAGGAGGACAUCCGGUUGUAUUCCUGCCUGGCCAACAGUUCGGCGGACGAGUUCAAUCGCGGCGACUCGUUAUUUCGACUCCGUGCUGUCAAGGAUCCGCUGCAAAUAGGCUUUCACCUGUCGGCCAGCGUGGUCAAUCAGACGCCACGUACCUACUUCAAUGUGGCCGUCACCUUUGACCGCCGUCGCAUCUCCUCUUGCAACUGCACCUGCACCUCGUCCGCCUACUGGUGCUCCCACGUGGUCGCCGUCUGUCUGCAUCGCAUCCAUUGCCCCCAGGAAGUCUGUCUCCGGGCCCCCGUGUCCGAGUCGCUGACCCGCCUGCAACGCGACCAGCUGCAGAAGUUCGCCCAGUAUCUGAUCAGCGAGCUGCCCCAACAGAUCCUGCCGACGGCGCAGCGGCUGCUGGACGAGCUGCUCAGUGCCCAGCCCACGGCGAUCAAUACGGUGUGCGGUGCACCCGAUCCCACGGCUGGGGCCUCGAUCAACGACCAGACCAGCUGGUAUCUGGACGAGAAGACGCUGCACAACAACAUCAAGCGGAUCCUCAUCAAGUUCUGUCUGCCCGCCCCGAUAGUGUUUAGCGAUGUCAACUAUCUGACGAACUCGGCUCCUCCGGCGGCGGCCGAGUGGAGUUCCCUGCUCCGGCCGCUGCGAGGCCGUGAGCCGGAGGGCAUGUGGAAUCUGCUGUCGAUCGUGCGCGAGAUGUACAGGCGCUGUGAUCGGAACGCAGUCCGUCUGCUGGAGAUCAUCACGGAGGAGUGCAUGGUCUGCGACCAGAUACUCAUCUGGUGGUUCCAGACCAAGCUGGCCCUGAUGAUGGGCUCGCACGGCCACUCGGGCGGCAAACACUCGAACACGCACUCCAACUCGACGGCCCUGCAGCACGCAUGCAGUUCGCUGUGCGACGAGAUCGUGGCCCUCUGGCGGCUGGCUGCCCUCAAUCCCGGCCUGGCGCCGGAUGAGCGCGACAUGCUGCACGCCCAGUUCACCGCCUGGCACCUGAAGAUACUCGACCGGGUGGUCAAGAGCCGCCUGAUACCGUCGUCGUUCACCAAUAAGCACCAGCAGAACUCGCGGUCCGAGACGGAGCUGUUCAUCGGCUUCAAGCCGGCCAUCGAGGCGUGCUAUCUGGAUUGGGAGGGCUAUCCCAUUCCGGGUGUGACGCACACCCACGACACGAACCCCAUCUACUACUCGCCGUUCACCUGCUUCAAGCACACCGACCUCAAGGGCGAGGCCAACAAUCCCGGCCAGCUGAACGCCACCCAGGCGCUGAUGACGAACAACAAGCACUACAAUUACUUCAGUGCCUCCAGUGACCAUGGCAUGCAUGCCGGCGCCUUCAAGCAGAGGCUGGACAGGCCCUUUCGGGAGUCGCGUUUCUAUGCGAAUGCGGCCGAUCUGGAGGGAUCAGCAGGCGGAGCAGGAGCAGCCACAGCUCGAUUUUCCACAACUCUGGGCGCUGUUGGAGGCGUUGGAGGAGCUGGUGCAGUUGGUCAAAUGGGCGGAGCAGCAGCAGGCGGAGGAGGAGGAGGAGGAGUGGGUGCCUCUGUGGGAGCAGCAGCGGCCGAAGUAAAUACCGCGCAGCAACAGCAGCUGGCCAGUGGCGUCUCUGGAGUGGGUGCCUCGGUGGCCAACGCCAAGGCGGUGGCAGUUGCAGAUGGCAACCGUUCGAGUGCCAGCAGCGAGGGAUUCUGCGAGAACGACGAUUUCGGCGGCGACACCAGCAGCAGCCACAACUACUGCCCACCGGGACAGGUGGUUGUGCCGGGCCAGAAGUCGACCCUCACGGAAUCCGACUCCCAGAGCAGCUUCGAUGCCGUCUCGCAGCAGAGCAAGGAUGAACCGGCCGUGGGCGGCGUGGGAGUGGCAGUGGGAGUGGCGGGAGUGGGUGUGGGUGUGAGUGUUGAACAAGCCCUCUCCACGUCGGACACCUCGUCGGCCUCAUCGGCAUCCUCGUCGGCCUCGACGGCGUCGGGCAGCUCGAACAGUUCCACCUCCUCCAUGCUGAUGGCUGGCCAGGAGGCGACUGUUGGCGUUGGAGGAGUGGGCGCAGUGCAGCAGACACCACGUCGCCUGAGCAAGGAUGAGUCCUUUAGCAGCAGCAGUGAUGAGUUCAACCAAGGAGCAGUGGGCGGAUCAUCAGUUGGUGGUGGUUGUGUAGCCGGUGGAUCAGUUGGAUCAGCAGAAGCAGCAGCGGUGGCAGCAGCAGCGGCAGCAGGAGGAGAUCUCACGCCUGUGCCCAGCACCUCGGCAGCUGCCCGAGCAGCCUUGGCCGCCAGCAGCUCCUCCUCCUCGGUGCUCCACCCGGCGAUGCCCGGCGGUACGCCGCAACUCGGAAACAGCCCUGCCGGAGGAGUGGGAGUGGGAGGAGGAGGUGGAGGAUUGGGAGUCCUGGGACUGGGCGCCACGGUGGACCAGCCCUGCAGUUCAUCGGCGCACGCUGCCCGUGUUCUGGCCGCUGCCGUGGCCGCCUCCAGCGACAAGCCGCACGUCUUCUCCAAUGUGCGUCCCACCGAGGAUGCCUGGGACAUACUGCUGGCCCGCGCCGAGGGCCUGCAUGCCCACGGACAUGGCGGCGAGGCCUGCAUCCUGGCCGUGCGCCUGGCCGAACAGAUGCUGGCCAAUCCGCCCAAUCUGCUGCUGGAACUGCCGCCCGCGCCCAAGCGCAAGGGCAAGAAGCAGAACGUGAACCCCAUCUCGCACCAGCUGACGGUGGUGGCCUCCGCCACGCUGUCCAAGUGCGCCUUCCUGUGCACCGUGCUGUCGGAGAACUCGGAGCACUACCACAUCGGCUUUCGGAUAUGCCUGUUCGCCCUGGAGAUGCCGCGACCGCCGGCCAGCACCAAGCCGCUGGAGGUGAAGCUGGCCAACCAGGAGGCCGACAUACUGGCCCUGCUCAAGCGCCUGCCGCUGGGAUCGGCCGAGUUGCAGGUGAUCCGCGAGCGGGCGGAGCAGCUGCGCAGCGGUACGUUCAAGACACGAGGCGAGGCCUUGCUGCCGAUCAACCUGGCCACGUUCAUCUUCGACGCCCUGGUCACCUUCAGUCCCGGCGGCGGGGGCUCCGGGCCAAUGGGUCCUGCUGGGAUGGUGGCGGCGGCUUCCUCUUCCAGCGGAGGGAGUGGCGUUGUGGGCGGCGGAGGAGGUGCGUCAAGCAAAUCCAUGGUCAAUGCAGGCGCUCGUCUGCUGCUCUACAAGCACAACAGCGAUGAGAACCUCGGCUUCGAUGCUGCAGUGGCGGCGCUCGGCCUGAAGGCCAAUGUCUCGGAGGCCGAGCAUCCGUUGCUGUGCGAGGGAACGCGACGGCAGCGCGGCGAUCUCGCCCUGACCCUGCUCUACCACUACAAGGAUGAGCCGCGCAAGAUAGCCAAGAUCAUGGAGAAGCUGCUGGACCGGGACAUACACACGCUGCUCAAUGCGCCCCUUCUGCCCGCCUACUACUCGAGCAAUCCGCCGGUGAGGACGAAGAGCAAUCAGCCCACGCGCCGCGAGGAGCACGACUACGGUGGUGGCUCUGGCUCUGGAUGUGGCACCUCCUCCAACUGCAAUCCGGUGGCCAAUAUGUGCGAGCUCCUGCCAGCCGACUACGGCAGUGUGGGCGGCAACAGUCGUCCGCACAGUUCGACGAGUGCCGAACUGGAGCUGAGCAUGUGCGCCCUUAGCAUGGCCAGCAGUGGCAGCCAGUCGGGCGGAGGGCAGGGUAUGGUGCCCACACCGAAUGCGGCGGGAGGAGGAGGAGGAGGAGGCGGAGGAGGGACCACCGGAGGAACACCCAAUUCCAGCAGUACCACGGCCAGUGGCAGCCAGCAGAAUCCCAAUGGCAAUCCCACUGGCAGUGGCAGUGGCGGUGGAGGAGGAGGAGGAGGAAAUGGCAACGGCGGAGGUGGAGGAGGCGGUGGCAGCUCCAGCAGCAGCCGCAGCAAGGAGAGUCGCUACAAGGGCAAGCGGGCAUACCCCUCGAUACCCAACCAGCCGUCGGAGGCCAGUGCCCACUUCAUGUUCGAGCUGGCCAAGAAUGUGCUGACCAAGGCGGGUGGCAACAGCUCCACCUCGCUGUUCACGCAGGCCAGCACCAGCCAGAACCACCAUGGACCGCAUCGUGCCCUCCACAUGUGCGCCUUCCAGCUGGGCCUCUAUGCCCUCGGCCUGCACAACUGCGUGAGUCCCAAUUGGCUGUCGCGCACAUACUCAUCGCACGUCUCCUGGAUCCUCGGCCAGGCGAUGGAGAUCGGGGCGCCCGCGAUUAGUUUCCUGAUCGACACCUGGGAGGCGCACCUCACGCCGCCCGAGGCGGCCGGCAUGGCGGACCGGGCGUCGCGCGGAUGGGACAGCAACAUGGUCUAUCCGGCCGCCGAGCUGGCCCUCUCCGUGCUGCCCCAUGCGGCGGCCCUCAAUCCGAACGAGAUCCAGCGCGCGAUCCUGCAGUGCAAGGAGCAGAGCGACCUGAUGCUGGAGCGUGCCUGUCUCACCGUCGAAACGGCCGCCAAGGGCGGCGGCGUCUAUCCGGAGGUGCUGUUCCAGGUGGCCCGCUACUGGUACGAGCUCUACAUGCGCAACACUCCCAACAAUAGCGAGCACGAGCCGCACGACGACACCAUGGACCAUUCGGCGGUCAGUCUGAGUGCUUUGAUUGAAUCCCAACAGCAGCACGAACUCCAGCAGCAGCAGCAACAGCAGGCGGUGCAGCAGCAACAGCAGCAGCAGCAACAACAACAACAACAACAGCAAGUGGUGCAGCAGCAACAAGUGGUGGUCCAGCAGCAGCAGCAACAGCAGCUGGGCAUGCCCAAUCCCGGAGUGGGUCCCGGACCCGGACCCGGACUGCCCGUAUCGGUGCCACCGCCCGUGGUGGGCUCCGUGCCGAAUCCGCAGGCCCAGUUCCAGCCCGUGGGCGUCGCCUCGCUGGCUCCCCUCGGACUUGCCCCCUAUCCGCCGUACAGCUUCUGCCAGGGCCUGUACGCGCACCACCACAACCUAAGCUAUCCGCCCGGCCAGAUGCAGAUGUACAUCUCGGCGGGACCGCCGCCGCCGCCACAGGCCUACGGUGGCUAUCAGCAGGCGCCGCCCCAGCAGCCGCCCAACCAGCAGCAGCAGCAGCAAGUGGUGCAGCAACAAGUGGUACAGCAGCAGCAGCAGCAGCAGGUGGUGCAACAGCAGGUGCAGCAGCAGCAGCAGGUCCAGAUGGCGGGACAAGUGCCGCCGGGUCAUCCGGGCCAGCAGGGGCAUCCGGGGCAGCCGCCGUCCGGCUUCCAGCAGCAACCGCCGCCGGGACCGUUCCAGGCGCUGCCGCCUCAGGCCUACCAGGCGAUGCAGGCGGGUCCUCCGGGUCCGCCCAUCGGUCCGCCGCAGGGCUACUACGGCCCACCUCCGCCACCGCCUCCGAACGGACCACCCGUUGGUGUGGGUGUGGGCGUUGGCGUUGGCGUGAUGCCCAUGCGUCAGCAUCAGCACCAACAUCCCGUGUAUCCGUUCAUGCAGGCGCCGCCUCCACCGCAGCAGCAGCAACAGCCGCCGCCCUCGCAGCCGCCAGUGCGACAGAGGCAACCGCAUCAGUUCACACCCACCCAGUUGCGGUAUCUGCUGGCCGCCUACAACGUGGGCAUGCUGGCCAUGGAGACGUUGGCGCGACGUGUCCACGACGACCGGCCGCAGGCAAAGUACGCCCGCAAUCCGCCGUACGGCGAGGAUGUGAAAUGGCUGCUGCGGAUCAGCAAGAAGCUGGGCACCCAGUAUCUGCACCAGUUCUGCAUCUGUGCGGUCAACUCGAUCGUCAGUCCGUUCGUCCUGCACGACGUGGCCAUCGAAUCCGCCCACUAUCUGGGCAGGAACAACCACCAGCUGGUGAUGCAGCACCUCCGCUCAGCGCUCACGCCGCUCGUCCAGAAGUGCCAGCAAAUGUACAUCCAGUGCAUCCACCAGAAGCUGUACCAUCUGACGCAGGGCGACUACGAGGAGUUUGCCAGCAUUGUGGUGGCCGCCCGUGCCGCCUUCCAGAUCACGCCGGAGGGCAGUGCCCAGUUCAAGGACUGGCUGCAGUCCAUUAAGCGAUCCAAAUCAUGCAAGAAGGAGCUCUGGACCCAGAUCAAUGCGGCACUGCAGAGCAACUCCAAAUGACAAAGACUUGACUCCUGCAAUCUGAUGACGGCAGUGGGAGCAGCAACAUUGGCCACUGUGGCGGCAGCAGCAGCAGCUUCAGCGACAACGGUCACAACAGAAUGCAAG